CCCUCCAUCUCUGCGUUCGGCAUUGUUGCGCGGCGAUACGGUGUUUACAAGCUGAAAAAGCUACUUCUCUGCUUCUUUCUUGCGCUCCAAACCCCCGCUUUUGUGUUGUCGCUUUCUUCGUCACUCCUCACUUCCAUUCCCUCCUUCGCCGCCGCUAUGUCUACUACAUCGUCUUCCGCUGUCACCCUCGCUUCCAUCAACCCUAAGGUGUUGAAAUGUGAAUAUGCUGUUUGUGGAGAGAUUGUUAGUCAUGCUCAGCUCCUACAAGAAGAUUUAAAAGCAAAGCCAGGUUCCUAUUCUUUUGAUGAGAUAGUAUAUUGCAAUAUCGGGAAUCCCCAGUCUCUUGGUCAGCCACCAGUUACGUUUUUUAGAGAGGUUCUUGCUUUAUGCGACCAUCCUUCUAUCCUGGACAGGGACGAAACUCAUGCCUUGUUCAGUGCGGAUGCAAUAGCAAGAGCAACGGAGAUUUUAGAUGUAAUCCCUGCUAGAGCUGCAGGUGGUUAUAGCAGCAGUCAGGGAACCAAAGGCUUACGUGAAGUAAUUGCGGCGGGAAUUGCUUCUCGUGAUGGAUAUCCUUGCAAUGCUGAUGAUAUUUUCUUAACAGAUGGCGCAAGUUCAGCCGUGCGCAUGAUGAUGCAGUUACUAAUAAGUUCAGAGAAAGAUGGCAUUAUGUGCCCCAUUCCUCUGUGUCCACUUUAUUCAGCCUCAAUUGCUCUUCAGGGAGGUUUUCUUGUUCCGUAUUGCCUUGACGAGACAACUGGCUGGGGUUUAGAGACAUCUGAGCUAAGGAAACAAUUUGAAGAUGCUCACUCGAAGGGUAUAACUGUGAAGGCACUGGUGGUGAUAAAUCCAGGCAAUCCCACAGGACAGGUGCUCGAGGAGGAGAACCAAAGACAGAUAAUAGAGUUUUGCAAGAAAGAAUCUCUAGUUAUUCUAGCAGAUGAGGUAUACCAAGAUAAUAUUUAUGUUGAAGAAAAGAAAUUCAAUUCGUUCAAGAAGAUUGUUAGAUCAAUGGGAUUUUGCGACAAAGAUAUUUCCUUAGUAUCUUUUCACUCAGCCUCUAAGGGGUUCUAUGGAGAAUGUGGACAAAGAGGUGGGUACAUGGAGGCUAUUGGCUUUAGUUAUGCUGUGAGAGAACAUAAUUACAAGUUGGCAUGUGUAAAUCACUGUUGUCCAGUCAUGUCAGGCCAGAUUCUAGCUAGUCUUAUUAUGAAUCCGCCUAAGCCUGGAGAUGAAUCAUAUGAAUCAUUCAGUAUAGAGAGGGAUGGGAUUUUGUCGUCUUUGGCACGCCGUGCUAAGGCAUUAGAAGACGCCUUCAAUAGCAUAGAAGGUGUGACAUGCAACAAGGCUGAAGGUGCCAUGUAUCUCUUCCCCCGUAUUCACUUGCCAAAGAAGGCAAUUGAGGCUGCCAAGGCUGCUAACUCAUUACCUGAUGCAUUCUAUGCUCACCGCCUUCUUGAUGCCACCGGAAUCGUGGUCGUUCCUGGUUCUGGCUUUGGACAGGUUCCUGGAACAUGGCACGUAAGGUGUUCAAUUCUUCCUCAGGAGGAUAAGAUACCUGGUAUCAUCUCCAGGUUCAAGGCAUUCCAUGAAUCAUUCAUGCAAGAGUUUCAGGACUAGAAAAUAAGUUACUUGUGCUUUUGAUCCUACAAUCACGAAGAAGCAGCCGUAUAUUUUUGCUGUAAUUUAGAUGAAAUAGAUCAAAAUCUAUGUUUUUUUUUUUCUUCAAAUAUUGAAUCAAUCAGAUACAUUAUAAUA